AUGCCAACACUGGUACAGUCUGCUUGCGAAUCUCUGGCUCAAAGCAAAGCUGCUGCUGCGACACAUGGCUACUAUGAUCCAGAUGAAGUCGACCGCUUCACGUUCUUCCAUUCGGGAAACGCUGCAAUGAUUCUCCAUCGCUUUGACAUGCUUAAUAAAUGCUCGAUCGCUAGUGCAGCUCUGGAACCUGCUGCUGAUUCUCACUAUUCAUUGUUUUUCUGUCCACCAAAGCCCCUGACAUCCCCUGUCACUAACUGCAGCGGUAUGCUGGUGUUGGGAUUUAAGCUCCAUGGGUGGAAAUGAUU